AUGAAGGCCGCUACCUCCACCAUCGUCUUCGCUUUCGCCAUCCUCCUUGCUCCAUUCGUUGGAGCUGCGCCGGCACCAGCCGAGAAUGUUCAAGCUGUUGCGUGCACUUCAGACAACUACAGAGAUGUCUGCCCGCCAUGCAAUGACGCUGGAAGCAAGGGCUGCUUCAACGGCCAGUGCAUUGAGAACUGCAAUCUUUAG